UCUGGAUAGGCCUUUAGGAUGAAGUAUUCCUAGUAAUUUACUCCAGCUAGCGAGUAAAUUAUGCAUAUAAAAUUUUCGUCCAAAAUAAAUAUCAGUUUGUGAGUUAAAACUCUCUCAGAGAGGGAGAGAAAGAGAAGAAAACAGCGUAGAAAAAAAUGAAAGGAAAGUAUAAGCGUAAUCGAGAAAAACUGAUCGUCUACUCUCUUCCUGCCGAAAGCGGCAAUAAUCUUCGAACAUACUUAUUAAAUAUAAUUCUGAGUAAAUUUUAUCUGUAGAAUUCCAAGAAAUCUAUCUUGAUUACGUCUUCCUUCAACACCCGUCAUCCGCCUGACUUUGGUGAACGAUAAGAACGAUGCUGCUGGUACUAAAAAUGAAUAACAAAGUAAUCCCAACAUAAAGAACAUACUUGUGACUCACCAGUGAUAAAAAUUUCAACCGAUAAUUUGGCAUAAACAAUGAAUGACAAUUUGCGUGUCGAGGGAAGAGCUGCAGAUAUGAUCUCGAGGAACACGAACUUGGUGCCGGUGAUUUCUACGGAGAUGAACAGUGACACCAGCGACAAGUCGGUGACUUCCGAGCGGAGAACAAAUGAAUCGCCAGUCUUCAGUCUCAAUGACCUGAAGGGUUUGGAUUACGGCACUGGCAUGGCGUACAGCUAUUAUUAUGGUUACCUGCGACUGGUACUACCAUCCUCUGGUACCACCAGCAAGGGUAUAGUCGAGAAGAUCGAAAAUUUCGAGGACACGCAUAAUGUCAGUUUUCCGAUACACAAACUGUUCAUCUUGAUACCGUCGUCUGGGUAUAUCCCCCCGAAUCUGAAAGAGAUGUCUGAUCAAUGGAUGGAGAGUGCGAAGGAACUUGAAGAAGAGAGGCGCAACCGGGCCGGCAAUAUUAGAAGAACUUACCACAACAACGUGUACAAAAUAUAUCCUGGUGGGCGAAAAUCAGGCGCCGAUCCAAUUUACGUGGUGGCGGAAGGCGCGUCACCUUUGCUAACGUUUUACGAGGUACAGAAACACAACCACGCGGAAUCCGCUGUAUACAAGCAAUUCAGGCAAGAGAUUAUUAAUACUUUUCAUGUGAAAUUGCACAAUGUUUUACAGAGCGAACUGGAUACGAAAGAUCUGUGCGAAUUGAUUUAUUAUCAUGAUUACAAGCCGGACGGAACUAAAGUUAACGUUGCAAAGAUAAUCCUAGAGAGAAUAUUUCAAAUGACACAUACUUGAUAUAAGUAUGAAGCGAAAAUAAAAAUGUAUUAUGACAAUGUGA